CAGCGUCAGUACAAAGACCACACGAGGCGCUAGGCCGCUAGCAAAGCUCUCGGCCAAACAGGCAUCACGCGUGCUGUACCACCACCGGUUGGUUCGUUCGCCGGCGACGGCACCGCGGUGAUCAGCGAUGGGGGAGUUGGCGUGGGCGGCGCUGGCGGGGCUUCUGGUGCCGCUGGCCGCGGUGGCGCUGGACGCCGCGGUGCGGGCGGCGCACGCGUGGUACUGGACGGCGUCGCUGGGCGCCGGGCGGCGCGGCAGGCUGCCGCCGGGCGACAUGGGGUGGCCGCUCGUCGGCGGCAUGUGGGCCUUCCUCUGGGCCUUCAAGUCCGGCAGGCCGGACUCCUUCAUCGACUCCUUCGCCCGACGGUUCGGGCGGGCGGGGCUGUACAGGGCGUUCAUGUUCAGCAGCCCGACGAUCAUGGUGACGACGCCGGACGCGUGCAAGCAGGUGCUCAUGGACGACGACACGUUCGUCACCGGCUGGCCCAAGGCCACGGUGGCGCUCAUCGGGCCCAAGUCCUUCAUCAACAUGGGCUACGACGAGCACCGCCGGCUGCGCAAGCUCACGGCGGCGCCCAUCAACGGCUUCGACGCGCUCACCUCCUACCUGGCCUUCAUCGACCACACCGUGGUCACCACGCUCCGGGGCUGGGCCGACCGGGGCUCCGACUUCGAGUUCCUCACGGAGCUGCGCCGGAUGACGUUCCGGAUCAUCGUGCAGAUCUUCAUGGGCGGCGCCGACGAGCGCACGGCGGCCGAGCUGGAGAGCACCUACACGGAGCUCAACUACGGCAUGCGCGCCAUGGCCAUCGACCUGCCAGGGUUCGCGUACCACAAGGCCAUCCGCGCGCGCCGCAGGCUCGUGGCGGCGCUGCAGCGCGUGCUCGACGAGCGCCGGGCCAGGGGCUGCAGUAAGACGGCCGCGCCGGUGGACAUGAUGGACCGGCUGAUCGCCGCGGAGGACGAGGGCGGGCGGCGGCUGCAGGACGACGAGAUCAUCGACGUGCUCGUCAUGUACCUCAACGCCGGCCACGAGUCCUCCGGCCACAUCACCAUGUGGGCCACCGUCUUCCUGCAGGAGAACCCCGACAUCCUCGCCAAGGCCAAGGCGGAGCAGGAGGCGAUCAUGAGGAGCAUCCCGCCGGGGCAGAAGGGGCUCACCCUCCGGGACUUCAGGAAGAUGGAGUACCUCUCACAGGUGGUCGACGAGACGCUGCGGUUCGUCAACAUCUCCUUCGUGUCGUUCCGCCAGGCGACCCGCGACGUCUUCGUCAACGGUUAUCUGAUACCCAAGGGGUGGAAGGUGCAGCUGUGGUACAGGAGCGUGCACAUGGACCCUCAGGUGUACCCUGACCCCAAGAAGUUCGACCCUUCAAGAUGGGAGGGCCCGCCGCCGAGGGCCGGAACGUUCCUUCCUUUCGGGCUCGGCACGAGGCUGUGCCCGGGCAACGAUCUCGCCAAGCUUGAGAUCUCUGUCUUCCUCCACCAUUUCCUCCUUGGAUACAAGCUGACAAGGAAAAAUCCAAAUUGCCGGGUGAGGUACCUGCCGCACCCCCGGCCGGUGGACAAUUGCCUGGCCAAGAUCACCAGAGUCUCCUCCUCCCAUUGACGAUGAUGAAAACAGAGAAUCCAAAACCCUAGACGGCGUCGCCCAGAAGCGCCAAAUUUAGGAAAACUCAUGUGUCCAGACAAAUAAAAUAAAUAAAUAGCGAGGCGUUAUUGCUGCAGAUGAGUCAAAGUUGCGUCAUUCCUUGUUUUUAGCUCUGUCCUAGGACUCAAAAAUGUUAUGCUGAAAAAGACAUUUGUGUCGAAACAGAAAUGUCAAUAGUGUUGCCGCCGAA